AUUUCAUUUCAUAUUCUCCAAGCGAAACAAACCGAAACGAUUGGCAUUCCAAAUACUCGAUAAAUUAUUUGUAGAUAUUUUUUUCUCGGAUUAAAAUGGCAACGAAUCAGCCAAGCAAACGUCAAAAAGGUGGUGCAUGCUGUAUGCCACCACCACCACCAUGUUGUCCGCCAUGUCCGCCACGCGAACGCCUCGUUCAUUUGACGGACGUCAGUCCCUGCUCUACGCUAAUGUGCAAGCACUUUGGCGGCCACGAUGAUCCCUUUUAUCCGCCCUUCGAUGCCAAGGAAUGUGCGCGAAUGCGUCGCGGCGACUACGACAGAUCCUUGGGCUAUCCCAUCGGUGUGGUGGCCGGCAGUUCUGCGGUGAGGACGGGCAUCGCCAAUCAGGAGAGCGUGCGCUUUGCGGGCAAUCUGAAGGGAUUCGCCCACAGCUACUAUACGCGACGGGACGAAUGGCUGCCGGAGAUGAUCGAUCAGAUUGUCGCCGAGGGUCAGGUGCUGUUCAGCGAUUCCGAGGGCAUGGAUAAUGCCAACGAAUCGGUGAAUCCCGAGAUCUACGACGAGAAUGAGCAGCGCGUGACGCGCCACUUCAAGAUCAACGACAUCGAAUUCGCCAUGGAACUGGAGGCGUCCAUCGAGAUGCCCGGCUAUCCGAAUACCCUGAAGAAUCUGCGCAGAAUUAUGCGCGCGUUCUUCAAGCAUGUGAAAUAUGGCAUCUUCUGGACACCCAAUUGGUAUCUGUUGAUCUGGAAGGAGAAGGGCAUUUGGAUGGUACUCGAUCUCAAUGGACGCGACACGGACACACUGAAAGCGAAUCACGACAAUGGCUAUCCCGUGCUCCUGGCCUUCAAGUCGCUGGAUAAUGUCAUUUGGCUGAUCAAAAAGGAGAGUAAUCUGGAGAAGACGGACAAGUUUACGCUGCGGGAGAUCAUUGUGGUGCGCCUGGUCACACCGGGCGCCGAGGGACGGUCCUUCGAUCGAGAGCAUGGCGUGAGAAUGAGCGAAUUUGAUGUGAUUGCCUCCGAUUAUGCGUAUGUGCAAUCGAAUCUACAUCUCACGCUCAAUCCAAAGGAUGCUCUGCGCAAUCGCAGUGCCCUGCCGGUGGCCGUGGCCAGUGCCUUGGCCUCGAAAAUCGAUCAUCCCGCCACUUGGGAUCAGAAAAUGUACGACAAGGUCAUGUGCUAUGGCGUCAACAUGUGCAAGAAUUGCUGGGAGCCCUGCAACGAUCUGAGUCAACCGAUGGACCUCGACUCGUUCCCGCGCCAGAUCCGCAUGGGCCAGUUCGUGGCCGAAAUUCUGCUCUCGCCCAACCUCUUUGAGGGGUGGUGGAAGUGCGUGCCAAUGUAUAAAUUCAAUGACUUUCAUCUGAUGCUGGAGAAGGCCUUGGAGCAGAACGACUACGUCAUCUUUCAGAUCAACAAUCAGAUGUAUUCGCUGUGGCGGAAGGGGGACUUCAUCUACCUGAUGGAUCCCUAUCGGCAUCACAUUGUCGGCCGCAUACUGGAGGAGGGCGAGGACCCCAAGAGUGCCUCGGUGCGCAUGUUCGGCAACAUCGAUCGCCUGCUGAGUGUCUUCCAUCAGAUACUCUUGGAGUCGAAUCGUUCGGCCAUCUUUCACAUUCACGGCCUGAAGAUCCGCAACAUCACAGAGUGUCCGCCGGGCACGGCGCCGGCUCUCCUGCCCGCCGACCAGGAUGUGGAGGUGGCUUCCCUCAAUGAGAACAUUCGCUUCGAUGAGAACUACGACAAGUGUAUGGAGGAGCUGGGCGAGAUCAGUGACUAUGAGGAGGAUCUGGCCUCGGAGAUUGAGCCAAUUGUGGAGAUUAGCUCCUCGGAGGAGAUGGUCGAGGAGGAGGAGGGCGGCGAGGAAGGCGGUGGCGGCGAGGGCGAUGAGGAUGACGAGGAUGAGGAUUAGAAAUUAUUUGUAAAACAUUUUUGAUGCAUAAAUUUCAGUAAAAAUGUUCCGAUUUCCGAGAUUAUCGCGGUUAUCGAUUAAUUAUUAAUCGAUUUAAAAAAAAAAACUGAAUUAAUCCUU